GCAUUCUGCCACCUUCCUGGGUCCUGUCACAUCCUUCUUGCUCAACCAUUGGGUACACAGGAUGGAAACUGCUCUCUCCUACUUGGAAGACAGCGUCGGGCUUGGCUUCGUUGAGUUGUGGUUGGACACGGAAGCAGCAGCCCCUUUCUUGGGCUUUCUGUAGCCAGUCUGUGUUGGAGGAAAGGGCAGUGCUCCAUGCCCCGCAGGCCCCAAAAGAUGGAAAGACAAGUGGUAGGCGGGAUGCGCAGAUUGUUCCGGAAACGGCUGCCUCGGCUCCGAGCAGGAUCUGCCCAGGACAAUCCAGGGGAAGCUGAAAAGGAGCCAGAAAGGGCCCGGGAGCACUGCCUCCCCAACUUUGCUGGAGGACAGCAUUUCUUUGAAUACCUCCUCGUGGUUUCCUUAAAGAAAAAGCGGUCUGGGGAGGAUUAUGAACCCACGAUCACCUACCAGUUUCCCAAGCGGGAGAACCUGCUUCGGGGCCAACAGGAGGAGGAGGAGCGGCUGCUUGAUGCCAUCCCCUUGUUUUGCUUCCCGGAUGGGAAUGAGUGGGCAACACUCCCUGGGUAUCGGAGGGAGACCUUCUCCUUCGUCCUGACCAAUGUGGAUGGGAGCAGGAAGAUUGGAUACUGCAGGCGUCUCUUGCCCAGCGGCCCUGGCCCUCGCCUCCCCAAGGUGUACUGCAUCAUCAGCUGCAUUGGCUGCUUCGGCUUGUUCUCCAAGAUCCUGGAUGAAGUGGAGAAGAGGCAUCAGAUCUCCAUGGCGGUCAUUUACCCGUUCAUGCAGGGCCUCCGAGAGGCGGCCUUCCCUGCUCCUGGGAAGACUGUCACCCUCAAGAGCUUCAUCCCCGACUCGGGCACUGAGUUCAUCUCACUGACACGGCCCCUGGACUCCCACCUAGAACACGUGGAUUUUAGUUCUCUGUUGCACUGUCUCAGUUUCGAACAGAUUCUCCAGAUCUUUGCCUCUGCAGUGCUGGAGAGAAGAAUCAUCUUCCUGGCAGAAGGUCUCAGCACCCUGUCUCAGUGCAUCCACGCUGCCGCUGCGCUGCUCUACCCCUUCAGCUGGGCACACACCUACAUCCCCGUUGUCCCCGAGAGCCUGCUGGCCACUGUCUGCUGCCCCACUCCCUUCAUGGUUGGAGUACAAAUGCGUUUUCGGCAGGAAGUUCUGGAGAGCCCCAUGGAAGAGGUCCUGUUGGUGAAUCUUUGUGAAGGGACCUUCUUAAUGUCAGUUGGCGACGAAAAAGACAUCCUACCACCCAAGCUUCAGGAUGACAUCUUAGGCUCUCUCGGCCAGGGGAUCAAUGAGUUACAGACUUCCGAACAAAUCAACGAGCAUGUUUCAGGCCCUUUUGUGCAGUUCUUUGUCAAGACGGUGGGUCACUAUGCUUCCUACAUCAAGCGGGAAGCCAGCGGGCAAGGCCGCUUCCAAGAACGGGCCUUCUGCAAGGCUCUGACCUCCAAGACCAAGCGCAGGUUCGUGAAGAAAUUUGUGAAGACACAGCUCUUCUCCCUUUUCAUCCAGGAAGCUGAGAAGAGCAAGAACCCUCCUGCAGGCUAUUUCCAACGGAAAAUACUUGAAUAUGAGGAACAGAAGAAACAGAAGAAAUCAAGGGAAAAGACUGUGAAAUAAGCUGAGGUGAAUGGAGUGACUAGACCUACAGGCCAGUUUUGGACUUUGUCCCCUGCCAGCACGGUAGGAUCAGUGAAGCGCUGAGCCCCCGGAACCCACAGCUGCCCUCCAAGUCUUGGUAACCAGGUCUUGCUUCGAGCUGGUGUCUUGAGUUUGGGGUCCCUGGAAUCAGCUUUCCCGAGACUUUAGAAGGCUCCAUCCUCUGUGCUCCGAGCUGGGCUCAAAGCUGCAUUUCCUGCAGAGGUGACACAGAGCAGGGAAUAGUAGCACAGGCGUUGUAGAGACUUACAAGUUGCUGUACCUGCCCUGUCCCGGGAACCGUGAUUAUUAUAUCAAGUCCUCCACGGCGAGAGCAGGUGUGGCCCAAAGGCGCAGGCUCUCCACAUAACACAGGUCUGUGGACAUGUGAGGAUAAGAAUAAAAACGAAAUUCUUCUUGUU